AUGUCUGUUAGACCCGACUGUACGCUGCAUUCGGCACCUGGACGAUAUGAUGGCAAAGUGUAUGAGGCUAUGUGGAUGCUUGGGCUUGAAGAGAACCCACUGAGCAGUGUUGUUAACUUGACCAGUGACGUGCUUUCCGCGAAGAAAAACGAGCAUUAUCAACUGCCAGAAGUCGGUCGUGUCGGCGGGGAUUUAGCAAAUAGCAUAUUUUCUCUCAUGGCAAAUCAGCGGAAUACGGGAGUUCCAAUUACCAUGGAUAAUGCAGUUAUAGAUCGCGCUGUCGAGGGUCAAUUAUUUUACAAAACAGGCGACGAGUGA